AUGCAUUCACAGUAUCCGCGACAAGCACACCUGCAUAGUGUUACCAAAUGCCGACCGUCACCCCGAGCACUCAUCACCUAUGAGGUGGUCGAGGCCCCGCAGGACGAGAUAAUGACGACAAGACUAUCAAGCACGUCUAGUGCACACAACUGUUCUCCGGUACUCGAAAGCAGCAUGGAUUCGUUUGACUCCGUAAAGACAACUCCACAAAUCAACCCGCAACACCGGCGCCCUAGACGAACUCGGCCUCGCAAAGCCCCUGUUCGACAACUCGUCCUUGACGAGGAGGAAAUGCUCAAAAUACCCAGCCCCGAUAUGCUUAAUAGUAUGAUACGCGGAACGGUGGAAUUAAAUGGUAGGUUCUGGUAG